AUGUUCAGAGAUUUACUAAGGGCAAUGCAAGACUUGGGCAGGCAGCAGGCUCAAGCGACACCUCAUAAUGUAAUAGCAGGUACCAAUACCAUGAGCUCGAUUGUUGAUCAGUUUCGUCGUUUUAAACCCCCAUCCUUUGAUGGUAAAGGUGACGCUUUUGCGGCUGAGGAGUGGCUGAGAAGACUUGAAGGGAUCUUCGAGCACAUGAACUGCAACGAUGCUCAAAAGGUUUCUUGUGCGAAGUUUAUGUUGACUGAUGAUGCUGGACAUCGGUGGGAGUCAAAAAUACAUACUAGAACUACAGAACAACAACGUAACCUCACUUGGAACCAGUUCAAGGAGUCGUUGAUGGGGGAGUAUGAAAGAAAAUUUGAACGACUUUCUAGGUAUGCACUGCAUAUGGUAAACACUGAGCUGACAAAGGGUAAAAGGUUUGAAAUGGGGUUAAGGCCAGAGAUUAAGGGAAUCAUGGCAGCCCAGUAG